AUGGUUAGCAGGAGGGUGCCCCAGACCACGAUGCCAGCAACGACGGUGGUCAUCAACGUCUGCGUUCUAUUUUCCUCUUCAGUCGGAUGCCGAUUGAAUGCCCAAAACUCGCCAACUAUCAGCGCAGCAAUGCAAAGCAGGAGACCCAGGGCGCACAACAGGCGGAAGUUGACCACCGUUCUGGGCAUGCGUUUCUUCACGAACCCUCUCUCGAUGCCUGAAUCACUGAAAGUCAACGUGAUCGCGUUGAUGGUGACGGGCAGGUCAAUUCUGCCUUCAGGCUUGGACGUCGCCGGCAGUUUUCUAAGAGGCGACAUUUGA